CUGUAGACUGUGCGCCACAGCAGACCAGGAGCAGUGCAGAUCCUGUUAUCAGAGGAGCACGCGUCUCCGGCGUAAAGCUUUACGGCUGCUUCUUUUUUACAUUAGUUUUUAUUUCCCAGAGUUCCACAAACUGAGUGUACCUUUCUGUUCUCCUGAUAACACCCAGACGAUUAUUUCUGAGGAUAUUUAGAUUUUUGAAAAGAAAGAAAGAAGCAGAAACAGACUACGUGAGGUGAAGUCGGCUGUGUUUUUCGCGUCUCCAAGAUACGCACUCCAAGCAGGUCCACCUGGAUAGCUGAUAACCAAGCCGUUCGGCGCGGUUCGGUUUGUUCAGAGGGUCCUUAGGGGAGAGGAGAGAAUAACGUGGAAGACCGGGAGCAAGGGGGGAAAGGAGAAGACGGCAAGAUGAAUCUGAAGAGCAAUUUGAUUUUCACCCUCUACACUGUUUAUGGGAUUCUUCUGAAAGUGAUGGCUUCUAAAGGCAAAGUCCGAGGUGUCAGUGGUCAGUAUCCUCUGGUUCAGAAUGUGACCGUGACAGAGGGUGGAACGGCGAACAUGACCUGCCGUGUGGAGUACAAUGACAAUACCUCCCUCCAGUGGUCAAACCCAGCACAGCAGACUCUCUUCUUUGGGGACAAGAAAGCUUUGAGGGACAACAGGAUUGAGCUUGUCCGUGCGUCAUGGGCAGAGUUGACCAUCAGCAUCAGCGAUGUCACGCUGUCAGAUGAAGGCUUUUACACCUGCUCUCUCUUCACCAUGCCGGUCAGAACGGCCAAAGCUUACCUAACUGUUCUAGGUGUGCCAGAGAAGCCAGAGAUCAACGGCCUGACAAAUCCAGCCAUGGAGGGGGACUACAUCACCCUGACCUGCAUCACCCAGGGCAGCAAGCCCGCCGCAGACCUACGUUGGUUCAGGAAUGAAAAGGAGGUCAAAGGUGCCAAAGAGGUGAAUGCAAGUGGGAAGACAUUUACAGUGUGGAGCUCUCUGCAGCUGCACGUGGACAGAAAUGAUGAUGGAGUGGCCUACACCUGCAGAGUGGACCAUGUGGCCCUGGCACAGGCACCACAACAGGCCACCGAAGUACUGGAGGUCCACUAUGCUCCUCGUGUGGAGAUCAUAAAGUCCAACACAGUCCCUCAGGAGGGACAGUACUUAAAGCUGGAGUGUGUGUCCAGAGGAAACCCGUCGCCAGAUCCUGUGCUGUGGACGAAGGACGGCGGUGAACUUCCUGACCUGGACAGGAUAAUUGUGGAGGGGAGGGAGCUCACCUUUACUUCACUCAACAAGACAGACAAUGGCACCUACCGCUGUGAAGCUAGCAACCACCUAGGAAAAAACAGUGCUGAAUACGUGCUCUAUGUCUACGACGUCCCCACCACCCUGCCUCCAUCCACCACUCCCCCCCAACAUCCCAUCCCUCCAGAUCCCACUGUUCAGUUAGGCACCCACGCCUCAGACCCCACAGUCACUGGCAGCAGAGAUCCCAACGCACUGGGUCAGCACGGCACUGACCACGCCUUGAUCGGAGGAGUGGUGGCUGUUGUGGUCUUUGUCACCUUGUGUUUAAUCAUUGUUCUUGGAAGAUACCUGGCCAGGCAUAAAGGAACGUACUUGACGAACGAAGCCAAAGGAGCAGACGACGCGCCCGAUGCCGACACAGCCAUUAUCAACGCUGAGGGCAACCACGCGCACGCAGAAGAAAAGAAGGAGUACUUCAUUUAGACUGCAUAGGGUGCCGUUCGGCUCUCUCCCUUCUCUUUCAGUCCUAAAGUCUCUGUAUUUCUUACUGUCUCCUUCUGUCUCCUACUUCGCUCCGUCACCUCUGGCCACUGCCCUCGUCAAGUCAACACGAAGUUUGCAGAGGAAGAAGAUCUGAUUCGUCCUAACUUUCAGUGUAUUCCUCUCAGCUACAUUUUAGCUCCUUAUUUCUUUGCUGUUUCAUCCUUGGCCGAUGUUUUUCUCAGUCAGCUCAGUCCUGCUGCUGGAGAUUACCCCCAUCCUUGUAUUUUGCCUUUUUUCCUUCUUUUCUUCGUCUUUUGACACAAACACCUGGGAAUCUGUAAAUCCACCAUGACUGCUUCUUAAACAACCCCUCUUCCUCCCCUUUUGUUCAUCUUUUUCCCACCAAGCAAACACGCAAACACAUAUUAUAAUCCCGUGUUCACAAGCACAUAUCCCUCAUCAACACGGUGCCUAAAAAUACAAACGCCAUCAAACUUCUGUCAAUGCCUUCUUGUAUCGCCUGUCAAGUAGCAAUGUAAAUGCUUUGUAGAUCAUUUCAUUGCCUAGCUUUUAACUCUGGAUCGCGUCCUUUUUAUUUGAAUGAAGAUCUGUGCUGUUGACGCCUUAUAUGUGUAUCACACUGAAUAUGGUACUUUUAGAUCAUUCACCGCUCCCAACCCCCCAUCUCUUUUAAAUAGACUUGUAAUUAAACAGUGGACCCUUUGUAAGAUAAGAAGAAGGUUUUGUGUAACACUGUAGCAAGGUCUGUCAGAUAAGUGUAUAAUAUGAUUCUCACUAUUAGGGUAGGAGUAUAAGGGUAGUGCUGUACUUUUUAGAGCAGAGAACACACCAAAAAUAUACGAAAGAUGCUAGAUGAUCCAUUCCAUCAACUCGAGUGAAUAUUUGCGAAAAACGCUGUUUACUUCGAUCAGCGCGGCGGCCCCGCGCCGUGCUGGCUACGGAUCUGGACCACUGAGGGUUCAGGUGUUCAGAAAGAAUCAAUCACUUUGUUUAAAGAUGUAUAAAAUGUAUUAAAAUUAGUUUAAUUUUCACUUUUAGGAAGUUACUUAAUGUUUAUGUCACAAUGAAAUCACAUCACAGCUUAACGACCUCAUGAAAUUUUACCUUGAAUCAUUUGAUGUUGCAAAAAAGACAAAAACGAGCAGAUACAGUGUGUAUAGGAAAUCUGGUGUGAUUUUAUUUUUAUUUUGUUUUUUUGCUCAUUUUGACUCGUUUUGAUUUGAUUGAUGCCUCGCAUAAAGAUGAGGUUCAGGCAGCUUUCAGAAUCAGUCAAAACACGAAAACUCUGAUGAGAUCAGUUCGACUGCCACUUUCCAGUUCACGUCUGACUAACUUUUAAUAAAACUGCUGACUUAUCGUGGUACUUAUUUUCAUUUAUUCACUCUGAAGUUUUACAGAAAGUUUCACUGGUCUAUUUAAUGACGUUUCCAAGGUUAAACCAACAUAAAAGAGAAGGGAGAGUGUACGAAAGCAGGAAGGAUUCAGUGUGAGUGCCUGGUGAUAGAUCUGGCCCUUUUGCAAAAUUAAAAACUGGAGACAAAUAGAAAAGCACAAAAAAAGAUCAAAAUGAGUUACUGUGUUUCCUUGCCAAAUGCUGAAAUGCCUUGGGAAUGGUUUAUCUAAUGAAGAAUGGCCAAAGUUGAAAAGGCAGCAGUGUGGCUUUUUUUUUAUGUCAGCAGCUUUUUUAAAAUGUGUUUCCAAAAUGGCUCCAAUAUUGUUGGUUUGAACUGCUUCACUCUCCCUGCUGUAUAUUGUGUCUGCUGAAAUGUGAUUAAUUGUGAAAAUUGCUGUCAAAUUCUGGACUCUUGUAUUCCUUCAAAUGUGUAUAUAAGCCACCUUUAUCUUUUUUCUUUAUACAUUUAAUUGAAAGUCUUUCAAACUGUUUUGUUUGAGUGCAGAUCAUUUACAUCAAGUGUGAGAAUCAA